AUGGCUAGUUUGGUAACAUCGGCCUGGGCUCAGCUGUUGACCAAUCCAUAUUCCAGCACCUCCCCCAACCCCCAAUCCCCGACGCCGCAAGCCACCGAAGCCACCACUCAAUUGACCGACGCUGCAGUUGCCGCUCAAAUGUCGUCACCCUACGCCUGCAGCCAGCGUGCAGCCCCUAAGCCACCGCCACAGCUCCGCCAUCCUACUUCCCCCACCCCGCCACCGCAGCUCCGCCAUCCCACCACUGCAGAUCUACCAUCCCACGCCAUCCCACCGUCGCAGCUCCGCCAUCCCACCGCCCCAGCUCCGGUCAAUCGGCUUUGGCUCUGA